CGCACAGCUCCCUCCAGCAGCUGAGCUCGGUGUCAAAACACAGCAGAGGGAAUCAGCAGCGGAUCGACGUCUCGGCUCGUCUUCAGCUUCAGCUCUAUUGUUUGUGGGGAAAAGUGUUUGUGAUUUUGCAUUGACGUCUGCGUACCAUGACCGAACAAUCAGCAUUACUUCUCCGAAAACAACUGGCAGAGCUCAACAAGAACCCCGUAGAGGGCUUUUCAGCUGGUCUGAUAGAUGAUGAUGACAUAUAUAAAUGGGAAGUUGUGAUCAUUGGUCCACAAGAUACCCUUUUUGAGGGAGGGUUUUUCAAAGCGUACCUAACCUUUCCCUAUGAUUAUCCACUACGGCCUCCAAAGAUGAAGUUUAUCACUGAAAUCUGGCACCCAAAUGUUGCAAAGAACGGAGAUGUUUGCAUCUCAAUUCUGCACGAGCCAGGAGAAGAUAAGUUUGGUUAUGAAAAGCCAGAGGAGCGCUGGCUUCCCAUCCACACGGUAGAGACAAUCAUGAUUAGUGUUAUCUCCAUGCUGGCAGACCCCAACAGCGACUCACCGGCUAAUGUGGACGCGGCGAAAGAGUGGAGGGAGGACCCUAACGGUGAAUUCAAGAGGAAGGUGGCUCGCUGUGUAAGAAAAAGUCAAGAGAUGGCUUUUGAUUAGGAGUCAAUUGUAAAUUCCAGGUUAAAGGAAAUGCCUUCAGAGGGAAGAUUUCAGCAAAAGGCUUUUGCACCCCUUGUUUUGCCAGUCAAAGGAAUUGGUUGGCCUCAACCACGUUUCUGUGAACGGUUGUCUAUUUCCACAAGAUGAGCCAAUUUGAGAAUCCUACCAGCGAAAUUAACCCGUUUCCUUCCCUGGAAUUGUAUAUUUAAUUUUAUUUAUUUUGGAAAAAAAAUUAAUGAUGUAAGAUAUGUCACUACUGUAAAUUAACUUGCUUUUUUUAUCUGCUGCUGAACAGUUUCUACUUUAUACCAGGUUUCUUAUGCAAUUUAGUGGUCAAGAUUGUGUAAAACAAAACACCCGUUAACCAUUAGGUCAUCACUUGUCCUCCCUACCGAAUACUUGCCACCAGAUCAAUGUCAGCCCAACAAAACUCUGUCAAUAGAUGUGAUUUAUUUUCAACACUGUCGGUGAAUCACUGUUGCCUUUUGUUGGCUUCACUUCCUCACAGUCUGCUUGUUGUUUAGAGGGACAGGUUGAGAACUUUUAGAGGGUUUUCAUACAGUGUUUAUUUUCUGAGAAGCGGCCUCCUGCUAGCAUUUUCUUCUCAUGCUAGUGUACGUCCAAGAGAUAUAAAACCAUGACUCUCAAACCUGCAUGAUCCCCUCAAACAGCUCCGUCAUGUGUUGUUGCUAGCUGUAGAUGUAAAUGGAAUGGCUUACUCAGUGAUUUGAGAGUCGUGGUUUUAUAAUAUAUUGACUUGCACAAGCAUAGGUAAUGGUAACAGAAGGUUUGUGCCAACUUCUCAGGAUAAAACUACUCUACUAAAUGAGGGUCUCGAUUAGCAAUCAGUACUGUAAACCUCUAAUAUUCCUGAGCCUCUCCUUUAACACAUGGCCCUCAUGGUCAAUGACAAUAUAUCUAUUAAUUAUCACGUCGUCUGAUGUCUUUUCACAAUGCUGUUAUAAACCACGGACAACCAAAUGCAGUCCAUGUGUGUACUGGUCAACUUGCAUCUGAGCUUACCUCAAUUUAAAAGUGUAAUAAAUUUAGGCUUUACCGAGUAUUACCUUUUUUCUGAGUUCUUAAUCUAUAAACAUUGGGGAGUUUGAGGGGCUUCGUAGUGGAAUAAGGCUGCUCGUUCUUACUUUGUUGCAGCACAUUUGGCUUUCGAUCAGCAUGUGUUAAGAAUGAUGUAUAAGUCACAGGAUUGUUGAGCAAAGCUCUUUAAAUCUAUCGACAUCUGGAGUUCUGAUUGUGUCAUACUUAGAUAAUAUUUAUCACCUUUUACUUAAUCACUGAAUUUUGGUUGGAAUUCUUGAUAAGAGACUUGAAGUUAACUCACCACUUAGUAAAGCAUAAAUAUGUGUUCUGAGGGGGAAAAUGAACACAAUCCUGCAUCUAGGUUUUUAUUUUUUAAGGAAUAUACGCAGUCGUUUUGGGUGGAAGUCUGGAAACCAUCGGCUUAAUUUGAUCACUUUCAUCGAUGGUGUUGCCGACCGUUAAGCCAUGAUGACAUCUAUUCUGAAUUAUGUUAUACAUGAUUAUGGUCCGUGACUGACAUUGGAGAAAAAAAAAAAUGGCUUACCAUCUUUUUGGCGCAUGCAAUCAGGUUUGAAGGAGCUGGGUAUGUUUGGAUAUGAUACCAUUCGUUAGUACAUUCUGGGUGAAUGUGAUGUGUACAGUUAGUAGAUUUCUGUAGACUUUAUGAUCACAUAACUGCUGUUGACAUUACCUUUUUAAGUCAGAAUUUUCUAACCUACCAUGACCUCCUCUGACCGGUGUUCACUGUAUUUGCACAGAUUCGGUGCGUUUGAAAUGUCAUUAAGCAAUACGCUCUGAAAAAAUGGUGUGUCCAGGUAAUCCACCCUAACGCCAUUAUUUUUUUGUUGUUUUUUUUCCAUUUUGUGUCAAUGCAAUGUAUAUUGGACAUGAUGCUCAAUAAAGUGUGUA